AUGCUCCCUCCAUCAAGCAUACCAACUUCGUAUUUCACUCUCCUCUUCUACGCCUUUGCCGUACCUGACGCCACAUUCCAUAGAAGAAAUGCAACAGCAAAAGACCCUUCCAGUCCAUUAGGGGGAGGAGCAGCAAGUCCUUGCACUUUCUACAACAUGGUAAGCAAUCCAGGAAUUCGCGGUGCAGUCACUCAGUCUACCGUAGAUGCAGCUAGAAAGUAUGGGCUUGAUGGUCUUGAUCUUGAUUGGGAAUUUCCAAACAACAGACAAGACAUGACAAACCUUGCAAUACUCUUCAAGGAAUUCUUGUUAGCUGAAUUGCCAUAUGCCUAUCCUGGUUCUGCCAUUAGGAAAUAUGUUGAUUCUCUGAAUCCCAUGUGCUCUGACUGCCAUGGUACUUGGAACACUGCAGUAACUGGGGCUCAUGCGCUGGUCUAUGACAAGAAUGGUGUUCCCUUGCCAAAGCAAGUCAUGGGCAUGCCAGCAUAUGGCAGGACAUGGCAAUUAAAGGGCCCAAACGAUCAUGGCAUUGGAGCUCCCGCUGUGAGAGUUGGUCCUGGAAAUGGAGGUAUUAUGGCAUAUAAAGAUAUAGUGGACUUCAAUUUAGCAAACAAAGCUACUACCGUGGUAUAUGAUCACACAACAGUAUCAACCUAUUCGUAUACUGGAACCAACUGGAUCGGAUAUGAUGAUACCAGAUCAAUCAAAAAUAAAAUCAGGUUUGCCAAGGCUCAGGGUCUUGGUGGGUAA